AUGUCGGAUGCUUACGAGUCAGUGUUGUGUGUUAUUAAAGAAUGUCUUGUAUACAGGAUUCCGCCUCGAGCAACAGCAAAGGGAUAUAGGGCAUCUGAAUGGGAUACUACACAAUUUCUAUGGUCAGGUAGACUGCGAGUGAUUGCGGUUGGAGAUGAGUGUGCAUUGCAUCUAGAGGAUCCAGUUACAGGAGAAUUGUUUGCCAAAUGCCCAUAUGAUUUGGAGGGCACGGCUGUUGAGCCAGUGAUUGACUCGAGCAGAUACUUUGUAAUUCGAGUGGUUGAUCCAACGUCUGGUGAGUUUCUGUUCCAUGCAUUUUUAGGACUUGGAGUUGCUGAGCGAUCUUGGGCGUUUGAUUUGAAUGUUGCUUUACAGGACCAUACCAAGUGGGUUUUAUGA